AUGAUUUCUAAUAAAAAGCAUAUAUUAGUCAAAUAUCAUAAAAAUAAUUUAAAUAAAGUGAUUGAAAAAAAUAAUAAUAAAGAUAUUGAUAUACUGACAAAAUUAAAAUCUGUAGAAAAAGAUGUUUUAUUUAGAUAUUUAGAUAUAAUCAGUUUAGAUAAUAUUGAGAAUAUAUCACAAAUAAUUCAAAAAUAUUCUUCGACAUCUCAAGUAGAUCAAGAUUGCGGUGUAUAUGAACUUAUUCAGGAGACAUAUGCAAGUACUUCAGAUAAAAGACCAUAUGAUAAAACAAUAGAUGGUUAUAUAUUAAUGGCUUAUAAAACAAUGGAAGAUAUGUAUAGUGAAGAAUUUGCUCAUAAUUGGAAAUUAUGGUCUGGUAUCCGUCAUUUAUAUGCAAAAAUUCCUGCACCAUAUCAUUUUGAAGGAAUACAUUUUUAUAAAGAAUUAACUAAUAUUUGUCAAUUUAAGUACCUACUUAUAAUUGAUGUUAAAAAAUUAUUAUUUUAUGUGGCAACUACAUUAAAUGUACUUCAAACUGUAAAACCUAAACUUUGUGCUUAUGUUGGUGUUUAUAAGGAAAUUUAUAGUGAAAAUAAUAAAAAUAAUGAAACAAAUAAUAAUAGUAAUUUGUUUUCUACAAAAAAUGACAAUAAAAUUGAAAAAAAUGAAGGAAUUAAUAUGAAAAAAAAAAACAUUGAAGUAGGACAAAAAAUAGGAAUUAAUAAUAUUAGAAAAAAUUUAACUGAUAAAAAAAAAUAUAAUUGGUGUUCUAUUUUAAAUAUUGAAAAUAAAGAAAAAAAUAAGAUGAAUUUUGAAUUAAAAAAUAAAAUGGUUAAUAUUUCUAAAAUGAAUGAUGAAUUAAAUAUUCCAAUUAUUAAUUCAAGACCAUCAUUAAAUAAUGAAAGUAUUAAAACUACUGAAGGUAAUAAAAUAAAAGAAGGAAAAAAAAAACUUAAUAUUCAAAGCUCACUUCCUUUUUCAUUUUUAUAUAGAGAACGAAAAGAAUUGUUAAUGGAUGAGAAGUACUUAUCUCCUAUUUAUACAAGAAAUGAAUGGCUUACAUAUCCAAAUCAUGAAGGUAAUUUUUUAACAUAA